AUGGACGGCAUCGAUGUGGGUGUGAACUUCACUCGCGGACCAAUGCAAAACACCAUGCGGAAGUUUCCACGAGCUGACGAUCUUGCUCUCGAGAAAUCCCCCCUCGCGCGUAGGGAAGCGGCGCUUAUCAAGGGGAUGUUAAAGCACAAACAUAUUUGUGUAUAUUUUUAUUUAUUUAGACUCACCUAUUUAUAUAAUACCUCUACAUCGUAUGAAAUUGCCCCGAAAUUGUGGACCGCAUAUUCGAAUAGUUUCUCCACGGCUCAGCUUCUGUGGCCUCAUUGCUUGAAAAAAUGCGAGGUUUCAGCGCUUAUAUUUGAGAGGGUGGUUCCGCGCCCCUUCUAG